GGAACUUCCGGCGGGGGUCUUGUAGUAGAAGCCGGAAGUCCAGGCUGAGACGGGGCAGGGAUGGCUCUGUGGGUGCCGCGCUCCCGGGACCUGCGCGCGGGGCAGCAGGAAGACCUCCUCCCCAGGCCAGGCGCUCAGAUUUAUGACGGGAUUGAAUUGGCUUGUCAGCAGCAAAAGGAAUUUGUAAAGAGUUCUGUGGAAUGCAAAUGGAAUUUAGCAGAAGCCCAGCAGAAACUUGGCAGUUUAGCGUUACACAACUCUGAGUCCAUGGACCAGGAAAAUGCCAAAGCACAGACUGAAGCUGCAGAGUUGAAAUGGAGGGAGGAAGAAUGGCGGCGGAAGGAGGAGGUGUUAAGGCAAAAGGAAAGACAGGAGCUGUGGAAUACAGAUUUUGUUAGUAAAGAGGUAUUUAAUAAGAGUUUUAUUAAUCAAAUGAAAAGGAAAGAAACGGAAGAUGAUUCAUCAAAAUCAUUCAUGCAAAAACACGAGCAGAAGAUUAGGCAUUUUGGCAUGUUGAGCAGAUGGCUUGACAGUCAGAGAUUUCUCUCUGAGCACCCAUACCUUGUCUGCGAAGAAACAGCUAAAUACCUCCUUUUAUGGUGCUUCCAUCUAGAAGCUGAACAGAAAGGGGCUCUGAUGGAACAAGUAGCUCACCAAGCAGUGGUAAUGCAGUUUAUUAUAGAAAUGGCCAAAAGCUGUAACGUGGAUCCACGAGGAUGUUUUCGUCUAUUUUUCCAAAGAGCUAAAACAGGAGAAGAAGGCUAUUUGGAGGCUUUUAAAAAUGAACUUGAAGCCUUCAAAUCGAGAGUGAGGUUUUGUUCACAGUCUCAGAACUUUCAAGCUAAUCCUGCUCAGAAUCCUUCAUUUUAUCCUGAUUUCAAUUGUAUAGGAGGGCUUGCAUCCUUUCCACAAAAUGCAGAUUCACUUCAGGGCUGCAGUUUGAACUCAGUGGUACACAGAGACGAAGAAGAACCUAAAAUGAUGGAUACAGUAUAGUACUCCUAAGACUGAGCCCAAGUUCUCUUAUUAACAAAAAGAAGAAUGUGGCAAAUUUCCUAGACUUAUUUUUAUGGGUACUGCACUUUAUUUUGAGUGUUUGUUUUUGGGAGAGAGGGUAUUCCAGAAACACACUUGUCUUUUUGUUGGAAAAUGUGCUGCUAUGUUUUUUGGGGGGUAUUUUUUAGGAGAGGGGGAUUAUUGUGUGUUACUGAAUGUGAAACUGGAUGUUUUUUCUGCUACUACUAAACCUUGCCUUUUUAAUUUUAGGAAUCAAAGUUUGAAAAAGAAUCUGCACAGUUGCAAUGUUUACAAUUGAUUGAUUCUAAAAGGAAUCUGCUUUAAUCUUAUUAGGAAUACCCUUGUCUCCCUUGGGAUACUAAAAAUCACUGUAAAGCAUUC